CGCGCCCCUUACACGUCCCACCACCAUCACCCUCCUCUCCCCACCAUGAAGAUCUACGCGCUGCACCUCUACGCCACGCCGCCGGGCGCCGGCGCCGUCAGCCUCGUCUCGGCCUGGGAGCUGGGCAGCUUCGGCUUCCUGCAGCGCGGCACCGUGCAGGAUGUCAUGGGCUUCAUGAGCAAGACCGUCGCCGAGCGCACUCCUCCCACGCAGCGUCAAAGCGUGCAGGAGAAUGCCUACACGGCGCACGUCCACGCGCGUCCCGCAUCCGACGGCAUCGUCGGUGUCCUCGUGUGCGACAGCGAGUAUCCCUCUCGCGUCGCCUUUUCGCUCCUUCAGAAGACGCUCGACGACUUCCUGCUGCGUGUCCCGCGCGGCACGUGGGAGCCGCGCGUGAAUGCCAUCACGACGGGAAGCGCGACGGGCCCGGCAAAGGGCGUCGGGAUCCUCGAGAACAGCGUCUUUCCGCAGGCGCAGGAGAGCCUGCAGCGCUACCAGGAUCCGAGACAGGCGGAUCAGAUCAUGAAGGUGCAGCAGGAGCUGGACGAGACGAAAAUUGUCUUGCACAAGACGAUCGACUCGGUCCUGCAGCGCGGCGAGGACCUCGACAAGCUCGUGGAGAAGAGCGGCAGCCUGAGCGCGCAAAGCAAGAUGUGAGUGCUGCCCGCUCGGUGCCAUCAUGCGUUCGCUGACUCCUCUCCGCAGGUUCUGUGAGUGUCGCCGACGAGCGCCGCGCCGCGCCGCCAUGACUGACUCUUGCCCCGCUCACCUCGCCAGACAAGAGCGCAAAGAAACAAAAUUCGUGCUGCAUCAUCAUUUGAUCCGCUUCUCCCUCCUCGCCUCGCCGCGCACUUGUUUCCCUAUUCUCCUUCAGCUCAUACUGCCCCGCGCCGCGCAUCUGCCGUCGUCUGUGUCCAUGCAUAUCCGGUCCCUGUGUCUGUGACUGAGGUGUGAGAAGCAACAGGCGCGGCUGUGACAACGGCGGACUGAAAAGUGAGCGGCUGGCGCAUGAAUGCACAGCUAGAAUGAUGGGGUUUUCAUAAAAUACAGGGCAAGUGUAAGUUC